GGGAGGGCGGUACCACGGCGGCGGCGACAUGGGGGGGCGCGGAGCAGACGCCGGAAGUAGCGGAGGGACGGGUCCCCCCGAGGGGUACUCAGCGCAGGCCGCCUCCGCCAGAGCCGCGGCCAGAGCCAAGGCCCGAGGGGGCGGGCGUGGCGGCCGCCGGAACACGACCCCCUCGGUUCCCUCUCCUCGCGGAGCGGCGCCGCGUCGCUCGUCUCCAUCUGCUGCCAUGAGCGAGCGCCUCCGCCCCAGGAAAAGGAGAAGGAAUGGCAGUGAAGAAGACCACCAUCUCCCCCCACAGACCAAAAGGAGCAGUAGAAAUCCUGUCUUUCACGAUUCUUGGGACACAGAGUCUUCAAGCAGUGACAGCGGCGGCAGCAGCAGCAGCAGCAGCAGCAUCAACAGCCCCGACAGGGCCAGCGGGCCGGAGAGCAGCUUGCACCACCUCGCCGCCGGGUCCGGCCCCCACACCCCACAGCCCGCGCCCGAGCCGUCUGCACUGUGCCAAGGCCCCUACUUCCACAUCAACCAGACCCUGAAGGAGGCCCACUUCCACAGCCUGCAGCACCGGGGACGGCCUCCCUCGUGACGCGCCGGCAGACUCCUGCCUUCUGUGAAGGGACAGUGCUGUGCAGAUUUGAUAUUUCAAGUUAACGAUGUUUUAAAAAAAAUUGCACAAAAAAUGCCUGUUGGCUUUUCAGUCUAUAUUUGAGAUAAUAGGUUAACAGGCUGUUGUUUACUUGUGGUUUGCUGCACUAUUGCGAUUUCCAAGGGGCUUUGAAGCAGUUUUUAUAGGAUUCUUCUAAGGGUGGGUCUCAAGGGAGCCACAGGAGGACACACCAUCCGUGUGUUGAACCCAUAGUCUGUCCAGUUUAGACUGCUUUCCAGGUCUGUCAGUUAGAAAUUCUACUUUAUGUAAAAAGGCCUUUUAAAACUGCAGGAUCUUCAAUUUUUUAAAUAAACUAGUAAAGAGGAUCUACUUUCCAUGGGAAAAAAAAAGAUUUUUUUUCCAGAACAUAGAGAGCUGGACCAGUCUUGCACUGAAGCGACUGCCAUGCUACCUCUUCGCACGUGGACGUCCUGUUGAAAGUGCGGUCCUCUGGGACAGGACGGUCAGACCCUGGAUAGACUGUGAGUGAGUCAGCUCCCUUCCCAUAGCUGUCUUUUCUCUGCUAUAUAUUUGUAUUUCCAGAGAGAAGGGGCUUUCUGAUUCAUGGACCCCAGAUACCUUGUUAACUGUUGUUCCUCCAGAGCUUGCAUCUCAGACUUAGGAAACACUGCUCAGCUUGGACAGUUACAGAACACGUAAGUGACUUCCGGUCUCAGGCACCACCUUGUCCCCCAACAGCUGGUGUGAGCUCCCUGGUUAAUUCCGCCUUGCGGUGUGAGAAGGCACCAGUGAAGGCUGAUGCAGUCUAAGCUAUAGGAACUGAGGUCUGGAGUCACGAGUGCUGUGAACUCUGGGGCACGGACUUCAUUGGCUCUACGCUUAAAGUCAUCCCCGCCCCAAUAGGAACGAGGGGGCCACAUCCCACCGUGGCCACCACAGAGACUGGUGUGGCUCAGAAACAAAGGGGCAGAGUCACUUCUAGGAGAAAUAACGCAGGAGUAUUUAUUUAGACAGACGAAGCGUCCUCGUCACUUGGUCAUGCUGGAAAGCCACCCAAGUUUGAACAGCGAGGGUGCGGCCGAGUCUUCCUCGUCAGCGACCAGCUGCCUGAACAGGGAACCGGCCUGCCUGGGGUCGUCUGCUCGGGAGAGCGCCGGGGGCGCCACCUGCCGCUGUAUGGAGAGGAAAGUGCCUUAAUGUCACCUGGACCUCCAGCCGCCCGCCCCCGACUCCGCUCAGGGGUCCACGCGGCGUGCACACGGCGGGUAUGAGCAGCACGGCCAGUUCCUGGAGGGCACUGCUUAGUCCAGAUGGGAAAGGACACGCGGCAGACUGAGGGGCUGUGGCAGGACAACCAACACCGGGAGCGAGGACUGGAGGAAGGGGAGCGUGUGCCUCCUCCCCGUGGUGUGUUCCCCUUGGGGACAAAGCUGAACAGUCAGCUACUGGAAGGAAAGUGGACAGCUGUGGGGAAAGCUAAGAGCACAGGUCUGGGCUCAGGAGCGGGAGGCUUGUGCACAAACCUUUGUUUCCCCCCUUUACUCCCAUCUCCAAGUUUUAAAACCCGGUGUUGAUUGAGGAUUUUGGACCUGACUGGGUUUGAUGGCAGGGAAUAUGGAAAGGAGACAUUGCGAGUAUUUUUAUCUAACCAGAGAGCAAACGAGGACUACAUGCUGGAAGGAGGGGAGCUGUGUGAGCUCUCAGACACACUUCUACACAACACACUUCAGAGACCCCUGGAGGACUCCCGCAGCUAUCCUAGCAGAUGGCAGCCUGCUGAGACAAAACGUCUAUCAAUAAGAACAGGUGAAACUUGAGGAGGCAGACUCCCUACCCGCCUAAGAGAAAUGAGAGACGAAACCAUCGCUGAAACAGAGCCUUUUUUUUUUUUCCCAAAUAAGUACAGUCGUAGUGCUGGGUUAGCAGUUAACUCUUCUACCCUCUUAAUCUUAAUCACAAGCUGUAAUCCCGGUCCGUCCUGCACAUCUUCUACAGCCGUGGCAGCCUGAGUCACUUCUACUGUGAGGCUACUUGAUAGUGUCAGUGGGCAUCUUUUAAAACCUCUUAGCUCAAGCUAGUAACAUCGUGUACUUCCUUAUUGCGCCGCCAUUAAAAGCAGCAUUAGUGCACC